AAGCAAGGUUUAGUAAAAUCUGUUAUUAAAAAUGUUAUGACAAAAAUUAUAAUAAUUAUGUAUCGAAAAUAUAAAAAAAAAAAGAUUUUCAAAUAUUUUCCUAGCUGUCAAACGUAUUUGUUGAUCAAACGUUUUGUCAAGAUAUUAACGGUUGUUGCUAUGUAUUUACUAAAAUAUGUCGGAAGAACUCGAGAAAGCCGGACUAUACAUUGAUGAUAUCUAUCGGCUGCGUGUACAAGAUCCAGCAAUUGCUAACGAAACAAAUGAAUUGCGCGAAGAGUGUUUGGAAUAUGCAGACAAAUUGCAAGAAUUUAAGAAAUAUGCUGAAGAUUUUCAUAAAAUCAUAAGUGGUUUCGCAAAAGAUGUGGAAAAAGAGAAACUACGAGCUAUCGGUACACAAAAUCUGUUGAAAACUAUUGCGAAGGAACGACAGGCAGAGCAGCAGGUGUAUCAAAGUAAAAUACAUGAGAAAAAUAUUGAAUUAGAAAGACUGCGUAACGAAUAUCAGUACUUGCAACGCGUGGAGUCAGAGCAACAGGAAAUAAUUAAUAAUUAUUUGCUGAAUCAGUGAAAUCAAUUGUAUUUGUAUAUACUAAAUAUAAAACAUAACAUAAAUAUAUAAUUAAUAAUAUUGUAAUGAUUAGCA